AAAUUCUCGGGAACAGCAGACGUCUGCUUUCAGUUGAACGGUGUUCGUAAAUUCUUUACUUAGUGUAUUAUUAUUGAAAAAUGGAUUCUUCUGUGCAACAUCAACGUGCACGUUUUAACCAGCCGCCAACUUUGAUAACUACCACCCAUCCCACUACGGAUAUACGUGCCCAUACAAUUUCAAUACCGGCGCCACAAGGAUCGAAUACCUAUCAGGGGCUAAAAACAUCGGAGAAUGAAAAUAUGGGUUGCGUGGAACUACUUGCAACUGCGAUCUCUGUUAUACUCAUGGUAUUAACUUUUCCCAUAUCGGUGUUUAUAUGCUUCAAGGUAGUUUCAGAGUAUGAACGGGCUGUUAUAUUUCGCAUGGGUCGCUUACGUAGCGGAGGUGCCCGUGGACCGGGUGUUUUUUUUGUAUUGCCCUGUGUUGAUGAUUACUGUAAAGUCGAUUUGCGCACAGUUUCAUUUGAUGUACCACCACAAGAAGUACUUUCAAAGGAUUCAGUAACAGUUACUGUAGAUGCCGUCGUUUAUUAUCGCAUAAGUGAUCCCCUUAAAGCUGUCAUACAAGUCUCCAAUUAUAGUCAUUCGACUCGUUUGUUGGCAGCAACUACUCUACGUAAUGUUUUAGGUACACGCAAUCUUUCUGAGCUGCUGACAGAGCGUGAGACUAUUUCACAUACAAUGCAAGUAUCGUUAGAUGAAGCAACUGAUCCAUGGGGUGUAAAAGUAGAACGCGUGGAAAUUAAGGAUGUCUCAUUACCAACCGCUUUGCAACGUGCAAUGGCUGCUGAAGCCGAAGCAGCCAGAGAGGCAAGAGCAAAAGUUAUCGCUGCAGAAGGGGAGAUGAAAUCAUCGCGAGCUUUAAAGGAAGCUUCUGAAAUUAUAUCAGCUAGCCCCUCUGCUCUACAGUUACGCUAUCUACAAACUUUAAAUAGCAUAUCUGCAGAAAAAAAUUCUACAAUUAUAUUUCCCCUGCCCAUGGAAUUACUAACACCUUUCCUUGCAAACAAUUCACACUGCGCCUGCCGACAUCAGAAGCAACACCAAUGACGAUUACCACUACAAGAGUAUUUAAAUGCUCUAAAACUAUACGAAAUUCCUUUUGAACAGAAUUAGUCAUAU